GGGGCUCCGCGGGCCUGGAGCACGGCCGGGUCUAAUAUGCCCGGAGCCGAGGCGCGAUGAAGGAGAAGUCCAAGAAUGCGGCCAAGACCAGGAGGGAGAAGGAAAAUGGCGAGUUUUACGAGCUUGCCAAGCUGCUCCCGCUGCCGUCGGCCAUCACCUCGCAGCUGGACAAAGCGUCCAUCAUCCGCCUCACCACGAGCUACCUGAAGAUGCGCGCCGUCUUCCCCGAAGGUUUAGGAGACGCGUGGGGACAGCCGAGCCGCGCCGGGCCCCUGGACAGCGUCGCCAAGGAGCUGGGAUCGCACUUGCUGCAGACUUUGGAUGGAUUUGUUUUUGUGGUAGCAUCUGAUGGCAAAAUCAUGUAUAUAUCCGAGACCGCUUCUGUCCAUUUAGGCUUGUCCCAGGUGGAGCUCACGGGCAACAGUAUUUAUGAAUACAUCCAUCCUUCCGACCAUGAUGAGAUGACCGCUGUCCUCACGGCCCACCAGCCGCUGCACCACCACCUGCUCCAAGAGUAUGAGAUAGAGAGGUCGUUCUUUCUUCGAAUGAAAUGUGUCUUGGCGAAAAGGAACGCGGGCCUGACCUGCAGCGGAUACAAGGUCAUCCACUGCAGUGGCUACUUGAAGAUCAGGCAGUAUAUGCUGGACAUGUCCCUGUACGACUCCUGCUACCAGAUUGUGGGGCUGGUGGCCGUGGGCCAGUCGCUGCCACCCAGUGCCAUCACCGAGAUCAAGCUGUACAGUAACAUGUUCAUGUUCAGGGCCAGCCUCGACCUGAAGCUGAUAUUCCUGGAUUCCAGGGUGACCGAGGUGACAGGGUACGAGCCGCAGGACCUGAUCGAGAAGACCCUAUAUCAUCACGUGCACGGCUGCGACGUGUUCCACCUCCGCUACGCACACCACCUCCUGUUGGUGAAGGGCCAGGUCACCACCAAGUACUACCGGCUGCUGUCCAAGCGGGGCGGCUGGGUGUGGGUGCAGAGCUACGCCACCGUGGUGCACAACAGCCGCUCGUCCCGGCCCCACUGCAUCGUGAGUGUCAAUUAUGUACUCACGGAGAUUGAAUACAAGGAACUUCAGCUGUCCCUGGAGCAGGUGUCCACUGCCAAGUCCCAGGACUCCUGGAGGACCGCCUUGUCUACCUCACAAGAAACUAGGAAAUUAGUGAAACCCAAAAAUACCAAGAUGAAGACAAAGCUGAGAACAAACCCUUACCCCCCACAGCAAUACAGCUCGUUCCAAAUGGACAAACUGGAAUGCGGCCAGCUCGGAAACUGGAGAGCCAGUCCCCCUGCAAGCGCUGCUGCUCCUCCAGAACCGCAGCUCCACUCAGAAAGCAGUGACCUUCUGUACACGCCAUCCUACAGCCUGCCCUUCUCCUACCAUUACGGACACUUCCCUCUGGACUCUCACGUCUUCAGCAGCAAAAAGCCAAUGUUGCCGGCCAAGUUCGGGCAGCCCCAAGGAUCCCCUUGUGAGGUGGCACGCUUUUUCCUGAGCACACUGCCAGCCAGCGGUGAAUGCCAGUGGCAUUAUGCCAACCCCCUAGUGCCUAGCAGCUCGUCUCCAGCUAAAAAUCCUCCAGAGCCACCGGCAAACACUGCCAGGCACAGCCUGGUGCCAAGCUACGAAGCGCCCGCCGCCGCCGUGCGCAGGUUCGGCGAGGACACCGCGCCCCCGAGCUUCCCGAGCUGCGGCCACUACCGCGAGGAGCCCGCGCUGGGCCCGGCCAAAGCCGCCCGCCAGGCCGCCCGGGACGGGGCGCGGCUGGCGCUGGCCCGCGCGGCACCCGAAUGCUGCGCGCCCCCGACCCCCGAGGCCCCGGGCGCGCCGGCGCAGCUGCCCUUCGUGCUGCUCAACUACCACCGCGUGCUGGCCCGGCGCGGACCGCUGGGGGGCGCCGCACCCGCCGCCUCCGGCCUGGCCUGCGCUCCCGGCGGCCCAGAGGCGGCGACCGGCGCGCUGCGGCUCCGGCACCCGAGCCCCGCCGCCACCUCCCCGCCCGGCGCGCCUCUGCCGCACUACCUGGGCGCCUCGGUCAUCAUCACCAACGGGAGGUGACCCGCUGGCCGCCCGCGCCAGGAGCCUGGACCCGGCCUCCCGGGACUGCGGCGCCACCGAGCCCGGCAAAUGCGCACGACCUACAUUAAUUUAUGCAGAGACAGCUGUUUGAAUUGGACCUCGCCGCCGACUUGCGGAUUUCCACCGCGGAGGCCGCGCGCGCCGGUGCCGAGGGCCGAGGAGCGCCCGGGUCCGGGCAGGUGACCGCCCGCCUCUGUCCUGCGAGGGCCGGUGCGACCCAGUUGCUGGGGGCUUGGUUUCCUCACCUUGAAAUCGGGCUUCACGCGUCUUGCCUUGUCCCCAACGUUCCACAGUAGUCCCGCUGGGGGAUUGAAGCGGUUUCACUCCGCAAAUAUCCUCCACUUUCAGGAGGGAAAACCCACCCUGCCACAGUCCGCUCUUCCAAGUGGAUGGCAGACCUGGGAGGGGACGCCUGUGUCACGAGCCCUUUUAGAUGCUUAGGUGAAGGCAGAAGUGAUGAUUGUAAGUCCCACGAAUACACAACUCCACUGUCUUUAAAAGUCAUUCAAGAGUCUCAUUAUUUUUGUUUUUAUUUAACCCUUUCUUCAAUACAAAAAGCCAACAAACCAAGACUAAGGGGGUGACCAUGCAAUUCCAUUUUGUGUCUGUGAACAUGGGUGUGCUUCCCAAAUACAUUAACAAGCUCUUACUUCCCCCUAACCCCUAUGAACUCUUGAUAACACCAAGAGUAGCACCUUCAGAAUAUAUUGAAUAGGCAUUAAAUGCAAAAAUAUAUAUGUAGCCAGAGAGUUUAUGAGAAUGACCCUGUCAAGCUUAAUUAUUACGUGGCAAAAUCCCUCUGGCCCACACAGAUCUGUAAUUCACUAGGCUCGUGUUUGCUACAAAUAGUGCUAAUAAAGUUAAACUGCAUGUGCAAUAUGGAACACUGUCCAUGGACUGCACCUUGUGAAGGAAAAACACGCUUAAUGAAAGUGAUGUAGACAUUUUAAGCAUUUUCUACACAGCGAGAAAACUUCAUAAGAACAUGUUACUUGUGCAACAGGUAAACAGAAAUCCUUUCAUAAAGCACCAGCAGUGUUUAAAAAAUGAGCUUCCAUUAAUUUUUAUUUUUUAUGGGUUUUGCUUAAAGAUCUCAACGUGGAAAAAUCCUGCCAUGGCUCUGAACUGCACAAUGCAUUGAACCAGCGUCCUUCAAUUUUCUUCACACUAUCAACACUGCAGCAUUUUGCUGCUUUAUCAAAACGGUUUAUUUUAGGAAACUUUUUCCACCUUUCUGAAUGGAAAGAGGUUUUCACAAAUGUUUUAAACUCAUCGUUCUAGAAUCAAGUGCACCUACACCAACUGCUCUCAAAAUGUGAACUGACUUUUUUUUUUUUGCCAACCCUGUGUCACUUAGUGAGGACCUGACACAAUCCCUACAGGGUGUCUGUCAGUGGGCCUCAUGGUAAGAGUCACAAUUUGCAAAUUUAGGACCGUGGGCCAUGCAGCGAAGGGGCUGGAUGGUAGGAAGGGAUGUGCCCGCCUCUCCACGCACUCAGCUAUACCUCAUUCACAGCUCCUCGUGAGUGUGUGCACAGGAAAUAAGCCGAGGGUAUUAUUUUUUUAUGUUCGUGAGUCUUGUAAUUAAACCGUGAUUCUUGAAAGGUGUAGGUUUGAUUACUAGGAGAUACCACCAACAUUUUUCAAUAAAGUACUGCAAAAUGCUUUUGUGUCUACCUUGUUAUUAACUUUUGGGGCUGUAUUUAGUAAAAAUAAAUCAAGGCUAUCGGAGCAGUUCAAUAACAAAGGUUACUGUUGAGGAAAAAGACCCUAUCAUAGAUUUACAAGUGACAACGUGGACAGGCGUAACAGAGUGUGUAUGUACUUGAAAAAGAAAAUGUGUACUAGUGAAAACGUCCUUGUCUAAACAAACUUCGUUUUCAUAACCUAGAACAUGAAGGAAGAUUCUUACACGAGCUGGCUUCAGGACGGCCAGGGCUGAGUGCAAAGUUAGCAGAGCUGUUACUGUGGCAACCUAAUAUUGUUACCUCCAUCUUGAAGAGUCUGCACAUUUAAGCUGGGGAUAGCGUUUCUUGACUUCUGUGAGGCUCCGGCAGGGGAAGAGGAAGCAUUUUAAUACAUAUGCCUCUCUUUUACAAAAAAGAAAAAAAAUCAUCGUAGGCCCUAACAUGUACCAUGUUGACAAAAAUGCCAGAUCAAAUGGAUUUGAGAAAUAAGCCCAAUUCAAGGCUGGCUCAGCCCUCCACGGGGCCUCCCAGGGAAAGGAAUUCCUUUAUGUUCUUGGAAGCCCUUUUCUAGAAAAGCCAUUCCAUUCAUACCUUUGUAGAGCAGUAGGCUGGGUGUGGAGGGCAGCGUGGAGGGUAUCUGCAAGAGCCUGCAUUUUCCGCCUCCCUUGCCCCCACUCCUUUUAUCCUUUUAAAAGUCCUAUCAGCCCUGCCUUCGUCCCUUCCGCCCUAAGCCCUAAGAGUGGGGGAGGUUUAAUACGGCCAAUGGAUCUUGUAUAAAGUCUAUGUAAGUUUUGAUUUACCAGAGCUAUAAGAUGGUUAAGGUAGACUAGUGGGGGCUGCUACAGAUAAAAUGAGAUACAAAGAACAUUUGCAAAUAAAUGCCAUAAAAUUACAGUAGCUUGGAAUUUUAGUGAAUCAUGGCCCUUGUGUUAUCCAGAAUGCAUUAUUCAAGCUGUUCCUAAACUUAAGUAUGACAUAUAAGAUUAAAAUCUUGGGGGGAAAAACUGUUCAGAUGAAAAGUCAAGAAGUUUCCACAAAAGAAAAGAAAAAUCCUAAAAACAAUCUAGCUGUUGUUACAUUAAAUUUAUUUCUCACCUCAAUUAAAAGGGUUUUUGCUUUGGAGUUUUGUUAACUUUCGUUCUUUGGAGUAAUAAUAUUUCUCUUGUGUAUGGCGCUGAAUACAUUUGUCAAUAAUACGUCAAAAAAAAAAACACCUGGCUUCUUAAUACUUGGAAAUACAUACAUACUCCUUACUAUGUAAAACACUUUAUUUAUUUUGUAAAAAUAUGUUUAAAUAUGAAUAAAAAUACCGUAACCCAAAGUAGUUGCCUACUUUUAAAAAUGAAACUUGUAAAAAUAAGAGUGAGCCCAAACCACAUAGAAAGUCUUAGUUUAUUUUGGUAGACUUGCUUUUUAUAGGCAUUGGUUUAAAGUGGUUCUUUUCAGAGACAUCCUUUGAGAAGUUAAAAUUGCAGAGGCUUACGCUUUCUUUUAUUUCAAAUAUGCAUAGUGAUUAACCAGGAAUAAGGAUUCUCCCAUGUUCUGCCUGUUAAGAGCAAACAGAUCUGGAGAACGGAAGCCCACCCUGCCUCCCUUUUCCAUCUGAAGCAGUGCGGUGAGGCUGGCUCCUCUCUUUGUUCCCAGACUCCAGGGCAAGGGGCGACCAUGCUGUAUAUGCUGUGCCUUGGGGGACCCCCAGAGGCUGCGCUCUGUGGCCUGUGCUCCCCCGACCUGUGCACCCGCACCCCAGUCGGCCACUUGCUCUCACAUCAGGCGACGUCAGCCUGCUGCAGUGAAACUCAACCACGAUUUUCCUUUGCACACAAAUCCUUCCUACUUCCACCACUCCCUAGCAAAGUUCCCAGUGCCAGAGAGCACUGCUGGGGUGGGGGUGGGGACAGGAAGCCCAGUUAUUGCCGUGUUCUAUUUUAGGGGGCACUUCCUCAAGAGUCCCCCUGAAACCUGUUACCAGCCUGGAAGGGAGGAUAUUUUGCUUUUUACAAAAUACGGUCGAUACUCAACGCACGGCCUCUAAAACAAGGGCUGCUCCAGUGUUCUAAAAGCACACGCCAAUCCUGAGGUUAGUGACCACAUUUUAAAGAUCAUGAGGAAAAUGCCAAGUUCCCAUUAAGACUUUAAAGCUCCUUGAGAUCCCAGGUUGCGGGGUGCAUAAAUGGCCCAAAUCGGAGAGUGUGCUAUAGCAGGUAGACAGGUUUCGCUAACACGAACAGCUAUCAGUAAAAUGCCUUUAUUCAGCUAAUUCUAUAGAAGCGGAGUUUUGAGAGUCUUUGGUUCAUGUGAGGCAAAAUCAGGUUUAUGGAAAACGCAGCAUCUGCUUCGAGGCUGCUUCAUCUCUCUCAGGACAACUGAGUCUCCUGCGCGAGGGAGGAGCGCCUGUUGGAAAGCACAGAGCACAGCAGUAUGCCCGGAACAUCUCCAUAGCCUUUGACAAGGCCACACUUCAUUAGUUUUAAUUUGCAGAAAGGAAAUUAAAUGAUAACAUUUUUUCCCAAAGCAGAGUGUCCAGAAUAGGACUUCAGCUUAAAACAAAACAUAGCAUGUUUUUCAUUAAAUAACCCCCAAAGAAAUUCAAAAAGUGAUGAUGGCAGCUCUGAGAGAGGGCUUGCCUUAUAUUACAAAGUCUGAGAAAUGAAACCUACAUCGUUAGCCUCGAGAUCUUUGUCCCUGAUGACAUUCUGCAGAUGCCCUCUCAAGGGUAAGUCCAUUUUGUAAUUUGGGGAUGGUGUGGACUUGUAUUUUACUUAAGUUUCUAACUAAUUUUGAAAGAAGUCUUGGGCAUUUGGAGAAGAGUGGUUUUUUGUUGUUUUUUUUUUUUUUGUGGUUUUUUUUUUUGAGAAAAAUAA